AGUUCAGUGUCAGGACCAGGAUUUAAACACACUGAUUUAAAACGUUCCAAAAUUAACUAAUACUGCUGACAAAAUGUGAAGACAUGAUUGUUUGGCUGUUUGUUAUUGACGUCUAUGUCCUGUGUUGCAGAGAUAUCUGCUGAAGUCAGUCUCAGCUAAGUCAGCUAAUAGGAGCACUAGCUGCAUGGCCGAUUUGGCAAAGUAACUAACAGCAGCCGCAGUUAGCAGCAGUUAGCAGCAGUUAGCAGCAGUUAGCGGUUUUUUGGAGUGUGAAUUCAGCACCGGGCUGGUUCUCACAUAUUGCACCUCUGAGCCUGGUUGGUUGUAUUUGAAAGGUCCAGGUAUUUUCAGAGCAGUGUACCACAUUUGUGUUGGUGCAAGAUGUCAUUUUUACUGUUCAUGUUGACCAGGCGUUCACUACAUAGAAUCCAACAGGGAUUAAAGUCUUAUCUCACACACAGGUCAUAGACAGAAGGUUGCAGUUGUGGCAGACACUAAUUACGGAGGACGCUUUGUUACACUGACCCAUCUGGAAAGGAGGCGGACACUUUUAAAAAAAAAAAAAAAUCUUGGCAGGUGAUUGGGCAAAAGUAUGGAAGAGUUUUAGGGCCAUGGAUGAGGAAAUGAAAAUUAGAGGAGGAGGCUUUUUUUGUCCCACUAUGCACUUCAAGAAUAAAGUCAAAAUGUGGAGAGUGAAGUCAACUCUUCUGGACCCUCAAAUCCAGUUAGGGGAGCAUCCGGUCCCUGCCAUCACCACAGCCUUUCAAUUUCAGCUUGCACGUAUGCGGCCACCUCCUCCGUGACUGUGUGGCUUUUCAUUCUGAACAGGCAAAAGUUUUCGGCAAAGUCCUAAUACUGCACUGCACUGCAGACAACUGCACUGGGCAUUCUGUUGAGGCAGUCAUAUGCGCCAUCUCUCAAAAGGUCGACUUUAAUCUUGACAAUGUCAACUUUAUUUUUAGACAUUUCGACUUUUUUCUUGACGUGCAUAAUGAAAAUAUAAAACAACUUCCUCCUGAAAACGUCUUUCUCACCCAUGGCCCUAAUACUCCUCCUCUUAUCUGUCACUGGCUAAAUUCAAUCAAUCAGGUCCCGUUAUCGUAAUAAAUGUGUUUUGACUGAUCGACCCACAGAGGGCGCUGUAGAGCUGCCUCAUCACUCAACUCAACUUGUGCUUGUGGAUGCGCACCCUGCUACAACACUGCUGUGGGCAUGUAGUGGAUGAGUCCUCCGUCAGCACUUUUAUGAAUGGGAUCAUUUCUUCAGAAAGUCACUACACCCGAAGAUGCUGUAGAACUAGAUGCGUUUUCACUUUUCCAGUGAAAGGUGUGUCAUUACAGGCAUCAGUUAUCAUCAUCGUUGUUUCCUCAUAGACAAGUCACGACAAAACUUUGAUUAACCGCCGGACAUGUGGACAUUUUACCAACAAAUCCAGGCACCGACACGGACCACUGCCAACUGAAGCUGGUGAACUUUGAGGCUCAUGACAACCACGCUGCCCAUAAAACAGAGGGGCUCAGCAAAAAGCACCUGGUGGUGCGACGAGGGAGCCCGUUUAAAAUCCAGCUGCUGUUUGGCCAGGGGUGGAACCCUCACGCUCAGGUCGUCCUCCUGGAGGUUUGGCUAGGCGACAUGUCCGAGAAGUUUCAAGCCCACUUCUCUGAGGAUCAGUUCGACCCAGAGAAAUGGUCGGCCAGAGUCUUCUCUGGCGACGUGACUCUUCAGUCGGUCACCAUCCACAUCCGCUCCCCUGUUCUGUCCUCGGUGGGUGUCUAUCACCUCCAGCUCCACAUGAUGACCCCAAGUAGCAGAAUUAGCUACGCCGUGGGAUCCUUCGUGCUGCUCUGCAACCCUUGGCUGAGAGGUGAUCCUGUGUACAUGCCACUGGAUGCCCAAAUACAGGAGUACAUCACGAGUGAUUAUGGGGUGCUGUUUAUGGGGAGCCACUCCAAUGUCAGUAUGCGCCCCUGGUCGUUUGGUCAGUAUGAGCCUGGGGUCCUGGAAGCAUGUCUGCAGCUCCUACAGGUCAGCCCACAGCACCUCAGUGACAAGAACAGGGACUACUUCCGACGAGCAGACCCUGUCUACCUCAGCCGGGUGAUCUGUGCCAUGGUAAACUGUAACGAUGACCUGGGCAUAUUGAUGGGCAAGUGGUCGGGCAGCUACACGGAUGGUGUCAGGCCUACGGACUGGAGCGGCAGCGCAGACAUCCUUCACCGCUGGGUCUCGUCCGACUGCAACCCGGUGCGCUACGGCCAGUGCUGGGUCUUUGCAUCUGUCCUCUGCACAGUGAUGAGAGUGCUGGGGAUUCCCUCCAGGGUGGUGACAGUUUUUAACGCAGCCCACGACACUGACAGCAACACGACAGUUGAGGAAUAUUACUCCAGCACAGGAGAGAAGCUCAACAUUUCAAAGGACAGCAUUUGGAACUUCCAUGUGUGGGUGGAGUGCUGGAUGAGGAGACCAGACCUCGGUCCGGAGUUUGAUGGCUGGCAGGUGGUGGAUCCGACCCCCCAGGAGAGGAGUGGAGGGAUAUUCCGCUGCGGCCCUUGUCCCGUGGUCGCCGUUCAGCAACACUGCUUCAGCGCCCCUUACGACACUCCAUUCAUCUACGCCUCUGUCGAUGCCGACGUUGUCCGGCUGAUUCUGCGCAAUGGCCAGGUGGUGGGGAGGACGGUGGACACUGAGGGGGUUGGACAGCUCAUCUACACCAAGAGCAUCGGCUCAGACAAACCACAGAACCUGGCACAGACUUACAAGAGCAAGAAAAGGCCGCAGCCGUCAGACUCCCCUACAGUCUUGCUGAUGAUGGCACCGUCACAAAGUUUGAGGAUGAGUGGGGUACUCCCCGAGCCCGAGCCAUGUUCGUGGUCCUGUCCGGUGAGUGGACCAGCUUAUCUGCCAGCUGUGUCUCAUGAGGAAGCCUCGUCCGAUUUGGAGGUGUCCCUAAACACAGACGGGGAGCCGACGGUGGGUGAGGAUAUUGCCAUUUGUGUGACGGUCACAAACCGGUCGGGCAGCCCGAGGGACCUGAGGGUGCACCUGGACGCUCAGCUCAAGGACUACAACAGCGGCGCGCAGCAGAGCUUCUGGAAAGAGCAGAAGGAAGUGCACAUACAGCCGGAUGAUGUUUUGAAGCUGCGCCACACCAUCCCUUCCUCUGAGCAUGAGUCGGUCCUGGCUGGCGAUGACGUGGUGAACGUGGCAGUGGUCGUGAAGGACGUGAGGACCAAAGCAAGAGUCCUGGAUGCGCAGGAGUUCAGCAUGAGCUCACCGCAGAUCACCGUAGAGAUUGAAGGAGGGGACAGCAUCGAGAUGAGGAAGGAGUACACAGCCCAGGUGUCCUUCACCAACACCUUUCACAAAACUCUGAGCGGAGCUGUGUUGACGGUCGAGGGAUUCGGCUUGUUGCAGGACAAACAGGAGGCCAGACUGACUCUCAUGCAGCCAGGCGACAAAAUAGAGAAGAAUGUGUCCAUCACGGCCACUUCACCUGGCACCAAAGUGCUGAUAGCCACUUUCUCACACAGAAACAGCCCCAGCGUCGUUUCCAGGUGCUUCCACAAAGUGUCCAUAACCAGGGAAUGGCACUGAAAAGUUCACCGUGCCAACAAGCCUCAGCAACAAGACGCUGCAAAAGCACACACUCAUUUUGUUACACUCUGACAUGUCAUCUGUCUGCUUCCUUUAUCCUUACAAUAUUGUAUUUGGAUUUUUUUUCCCCCCCUAACACUCAGGAAAGUUGAUAUAGUGAAAUUCGUUGUGUAUAUAAUAAUACAGUGUUUCUGUAUUUGACCAAAUCUGAGUAUAAACAGAUUUAAUGUAUUACUAUACAUGCACAAAAACAUACGGUAUAUGAAUAGUGUCAGUGGGGAGGUAAUGCAUACCUACGUACAUACGAAACACACUGCACAAUAAAAGCUGUAAUGCAAAACAACAUGUGGAACGGCGUCAUCGGCCAAAAUGGUGGAACUCAGCGCUGCAUCGUGGGUGGGUGAUAAGUAAUGUAGUAGGCCACCUCCUCCGUUCAAAUACGCUCGUUCCAGUGUGACAUAGAUGGAUUCUUUUACUCCUGUUUCAAACCAUCUGCCAGAGAAAACCGUCCUUACUGACUCUGUAAGGACACUCCCACACAUAGCUUAAAAGCCUGCAACGCCCCUCCAGUUAGUUAGAACCGAAGAAGGAUGAGAGGUGAAGUGCCCUCAAGAAACUGAACCAAGUCCAGUUGCCUAUGAUACGGCAUUUAUGAAUACACUCCCCGUAAUGUAAUGGCGUGGCUCCCUGCCCAGUACAUGGCUUGUCUUUCAAACUCUCUGUCUGCAACACAAAUGAUGCCAUAUGAGGAUUUUGCUCUGAUUAUUUUGUGACUUGUUUUUGACGUGCUAGAAAUUGGUAGAUUGUCCCUUUACAGCUGAGGACGGACAGUGCUGCGUUGCUGUAGCUCAGUAAUACCACUAGGUGGCAGCAAGUAUCUACCUGUAUGUCUUACGUUUUUCUUCUGAAAAUCACUGAGAUUAUCAUGAUCAAGAAAAUACAAAAAUUCUGUUCCUUCUGCACUUUUGAUGACUUCUGUUCUGUGAUUAAAAUGUGUU